GUAGGGUUUAAACACCUCGCUUGAUAGGUGGAUGUUAGCUAAUGUUAGCUGGAAAGCUAACGGAAACCGGGUCAGGUAGCACGCUCGCUCGCUACAAAACAAUCAAGUUAUUUCUCUAUGGCGAUUGGUUUAAUAUCAGCUAAAACACUACGUUUAUAAUCAUAUUGUGUUGUUUCCUGCUGUGUUUUGUUCUUAUAAACGAAAAGUAAAAAUAAGCUUUCAGUUUAUGGACACAGUCAGGCCCGUCGGGCUCGUCAUCUUGUUUGAUGAUGUAAUAACUCGACAAGGAAAGCCUAUCUUGCUAGGAAGCUAACCACCGAUCUCGUCAUGGGCAUGAGGUCGAGACUAGAGGAGGAGUCGCCGCGGGUAAAUUGUAUUCGACUGGACCAUUUGUAGCUAGCUAGCUAGCUGUCUGGCUGGCUAACGUCAUGUUAAUCGAAAACUGUCAAUUAAAUCUCGAGUUGAAAUAGUUUUUAAAUUAAAAGAAUCAUAUUUCGUGUGCAUGCUUGCAAUCGAUCCAUCUUUUCGACUUGUUCGAUAAACCUAGUUGUCUUGCUAGCUACCAGGGUUAGCUGCCUAGCUAGCUAGCUAUCUACAUUUUCGAGAACACCCGGUUUGGAUUUGGACGUCGGCAUUGCUGGAUGUUUUUGAGCCAAGCGAAGGGGCCGUUUGUAGUCGGCGGGGAAGAUGGGGGACUUUUAUGACCCAGAGCAUCCGACAGAGUGUGUCAUCACCUCGGAGAGCACACUGCUCUGAGCUGGUUUGUUCCAGGCCAGCAGCGCCACCGGGCUGUGCUCAACAGCCCCGCCCCUAAAUGGAUGCGCUUGUGGAAACAGAGUGCAGGGAAGAGGGAGGUGAUGCAGUGGCCAAGAAUGAGAGCCUCUCCAAGCCUGUCCUGCUCAAAGGUCUGCCACCCAAAAGUGUGGGGUCCAGCCGCCUUCUACCCAAAGGCACCAAGUCAAAGGUGAAUUUGGAGGAGCAGGGCCGGCAGAAAGUCUCCUUCAGCUUCAGCCAGACCAAGAAACCUUUACAGAACCUUUUCCUGGCUCCCCUCAGCCCUGAAAAACCUCCAUGUGACCUCCAGUUCUCUGCUCCCCACCCCCCAACCUCACCUCCCCAGGACAGAGCCGGGCUGCCAGCAAGCAGCAGGAACGAACCAACCGAGCCACAGCCACCCACCCCUGCCACAGAGCCCCUGGCACCCCAGUCUGCAGUCCCCUCGCCCCCCAAAGCCAAGCUGGACCCAGGAAAGAUGCACUUUAAGAAGCAGAUCCUUAGUGUGUCUGCUAAUCUGGAACAGGUGACAGACAUAGCUAAUGCCUCGCCCGGGGAACCCUCUUAUUUAGAGCAGGAUGCUGUAGUUAAAUCAGUAGCCAGACCAGAAGCAGAGAACCCAGAGAACCCGACCCACCACGUCAUUGCCACUGAUUCCGCCCUUGAGGAGCCAGUCACAGGAGGAGUGCUUGAGGGAAGGCCAGACCUCUGUCUCAAGGGCCCUAUUGAUAAUUCCCAUAUUGGGAAAGAGGACAGGGACCGUCCGUGUGCAGCAGAGUCUGCUGAAACUUCAGAGAACAGGAAGAACCAGUCCCAGUCAGACAGUACUCUUCCUGGCUCGGAGUCUGAUGGCGACUCAGUGCGGACGUCUUCCAGCCACAAGUCAGGUGACCUCAAGAGCACAGCUAAGGUAGAUGGUCGGAGCAAGGACAUUAAGAGAAACUCCUCUGGUUCCAGAGGGGAGGAGUCUGAAAAGUCCUCCCAGGUAAGGUCUGAGAAGGAUGAAAGGUUCUCCAGUCAUAUGAAGUCAGAACGCGAGUCAAGACGCACAUCCUCACGGUCCUCUCGUUCAGACAAAGACCGGAGGAAGUCGAAGAGUCGGUCACGGUCACGGUCCCGUUCCCGAUCUAGAGGCUCCAGGACAAGUUCCUCCUACUCCAGAUCUGAGAGGUCAUUGAGGAACGAUAGACUAUCCAGGGCGGACAGGUCCCACUACCGCGACUCUGAUCGGAGGUCUCAUAGGAGCUCCCCGCAUCGAGAGAGGAGGUCAUCUCGCUCUCGAGGUGAGCGCAGGUCCCGUGAUAGCUCCGACUCAGAGGACGACCACCGAAGGAGUCGAACUCGGGCCAGCGACUCCAACCGGUCCUCUACUCACUCUAGCUCUUACAGGGAAUCCAAAUCAUCUUCAUCAUAUUCUAAAUCUGAAAAGGACUCCAAAUCCACAGAAUCCUCUCGCUCCUCUGAGCCAGAGAAAAGGACACAGUUAUAUUCAAGGUCCAAGAGAUACUCCACAAAGACUCUGGAGCCUGAGCCUAUCAGAAGGAGCUCUCCAGAAGUGGAAUCCAGUCACAGGAAGGAUUCGUCCUCAGUUUCAGUAGAGCCACAGGCUACAUCGCCCAAAAAAGUAGAUAAGUUGGAUUCUCAGCAAGUGUCACCCUCCAAGCCCUCACUCAAUCUGAUGGGAGUUGACAGACAAUCACAGGACAAGUUGAGCAGUCCAGAAAAAUUACAAACACAGUCAAACUCUGACAGACUGAGUCCUUGCAGAGACAGUGGGGAAAAAGUGGCAUCUCAGCUGGCUGACAGUAGCUUGAGUGAGGACAUGGACAGCAUUAAAACCAACCAGGCUGCUGUUGUAUCCAAUACUGAAAGAACUCAACACCUAACUGUGCCUGAAUCUUGCUCUACUGAUGACUCAGUGCCUCAAGGCUGUGAUCAGACUGACUCUUCCAAUGAAUUUGCCUGCAGUAGGGCUAAACAGGCGUCCAACUAUAGUUUGCGUUCCAAGUCUAAAUCCCAAAGCCUGGAAUCUUCAUCACCACAGAAACUGAUGCCCUCUGUUGGUCCAACACCCGAGUGCCAGCCUAGUCAGAGCCAAGGGUCAGACCUCCCUGACAAAUGCACCAGUUUGCCUGAUACUUCCUCCUCCUCUGAGACAUUCAGAGAAAGGCAGAAGAAAGGAGAGGACUGCACAGUAAGCAAAACCCUCUUGGAAGAUGUAGGAAAAAGGUUAGUGGUUGCCCAUUGUGAGGCUAAUAUUCCUUCACACACAUUAGCUCUCAAUCACCAAAUUUGUUCAAAAGACUAUAGCUCAAGUGGCCCUUUAGAGAAUACUGUUACUUUUAUAGGCUCAUCUGAAGGAUCGGGUGGAACAGAUGUGCUUCAGGUGCUCCAUAAUGAAGCACAGUCAAAGGCAGUGAGUUGUCAGAUGACUGAUAGCCUUGAGGUUAUAAAUGGCUUGUCUGCAAACAAGCAGGAGAUCCCAGGAGCAGUGGAUAUUGUUUCUGAAAACCCUCUUCCAGAGGUUACUCAAGACGGACUGUGUAUACAGCCUCAAAUCCAUAUAGCUAAAGACUCUUCAGAGGAGCAGACAUACACUGCAAACACCACCGCUAACUUCUCCAGCAUUGACGGGCUAGAACAGAAUCCCCUUCAAAUUAAGCAAAAUGCAAUUAUGUCAAAGUUAAAUGCAGCAGGUUCUGAGGAAAAAUUCCUAGGUGGAAAUGAGAACACUAAACCCAUGGAACUUAUACAGGCCAGCCAAAACAAGUCUAGUGUAAAAGUCACAGAGUGUAUGGGUGAAGGCCUGCAGCCCGAACAACUGAAUAAUGCUGAUCAGCAGAGGCCUGGGUUUUUGAAAACCAAAAAAAGCAAUGUGAAAAAAUCUCGCUGGGACAUUGUGGGACAGGACAACCCUGACUAUGAAAACUCUCUCAAGAUGCCCUGCCAUGAGAAUAAACCCGCUGUGAAAAAGGUCAUCUCUGUUAAGAGUAUAGAGUUCUCAAAAGAACCUAGUUCGGAGGAUGCAUGCCUCAAAAAGGAAUCCAGUCUCAAGCAGGAGAACCCUGCACCAGCUCAGCAUAACUCGACCAGGGAAACACAGAUGUUUUCCAAAAGGCUUGUUGUUGGUGUGAAAAAAGAGAAUGUGGGGACUCAAGGGGACAGUUCCCUGAGAUCUCUGGUAGAAACCAAACUACCAGAGACAUCAGAAAGUGCUCCACAGUCCCAACUAUGUGACACUAGCACUGGGGCAGAAGAUGUCAAACCUCACACUGAUGUGGAUUUUAAAUACCCUACAAAGUCAAAUCACUCCUCAUCCGGACUCCAAGAUGAUACAAGGAAGCAAGAGAGGAUGGGUGAGGGCGACCAACGGCAGGAUAGUACAUGGAGAAAAAAGCUGGGUAGCGGUAGUAAUGUGUCCUUGGACCAGGAUGUUGGGGGUCAUAGUGAAGAGAGCGAUACUGAGGAGUCAGAAUCCGACUCUGAUGAUAGUAGCGUCCCCAAGAAGCGACUCCAUUCUGUGGUUGUUGUGCCAAAAAAUUCUACCCUUACUCUGGAGACAAGGGCAAUUUUAGCUUCAUCCUCUAGCCACAGUGACAUCCCUGGGCAGGUGCCUGGGGAGUGGAAGGAGCGGAGCUGGAUGGAGCCCAGCAGCCAACAGGCUGACCGGAGUGAAAGUGUCAGCAGAGAGGUCCCUGAGAGAGGAUUUCCCAUCCCGCUUUCUGAAAGCAGCCAGCAUAGCCUUCAAGCUGGUGCGAACGUGAAGCCUCCCUUUGCCACCCCCCAAAGCACAGCCUAUCAGUCCCAAAGCAAUACGGUUGACAGUACCAGUCAGCUAGAGGCUGCUCGUGGACCCGGCCCCCAGCAUCAUGUGGAACAAAACCCCAACACCCACGUGAAACCAAAGACCACAGCAACACUGAGUCACACUGGUACCUUUCAUAAUCCAGAGGAUUCCUGGAUUGACGCACGGCACUGCGACGGGCCUGACAGUUGGCAUGGUCAGAAGAGGAUGCCCCGUUACCAGCAGGCAGACUUCUCAGGCUCUGAUGAAUUUGACAGCCAUGGUUGGGACUUCACACAGCCAGAGCAGCCCAGCAGCACAUACCAGCAACCAGACAGCAGCUUUGGGGUGCAGAAACCUUCCCAGUCAGCCAACCCCACCCAAUUGUGUGGUCAAGGCAGUAGUUACUGGACUCCACCCCCUGUGUCUGAAGGCUGCCGACCUGCUUACCUCCCUGUGCCUUCACACUAUCGUGAGCCUUUGGGGCAGGUACAACCUGACUCUUUGACGAAUGAUUGCGAUGAGGACAGUAGGGGGAGGGCAGGACCCCAUGGCAGAGCAGCAAUAGUGACCUCCGACCUUCCUCCAGCCUCCUCCUCUUUUGUCCAAGCCCAUGAGAUCAGCAGCAACUGCAGGGGCCUUGUGAGUGCUGCCUCAGAGAGCACAGCCAUACUCGACACCCCCAGGGGAGAGGACAGAGAAAGGCCUCAUCGGGGCAGGGGGCCGCCUAAGAAGAGGCGGCCAGAGCUGGAGUCAGACUCUGAGAAUGAGGCAGAGGUGGGGCUGUCCAGCAAGAGGGAGCGCUUGUCGGAGGAAGAUGGCUUAAGGACGUCAAAAGACCCUGGGGAGACCCCAACCCAAACCACCGCAGCAGAGCGGCCCCUACUCAGUCUGCAGGACUUCCAGGACCCUGUAACCUGGAAGGAGCUGGCAAAGGCCAAAAAGAUGCCACCUUACUUUGACCUCAUUGAAGAAAACCUGUACCUGACAGAGCGGAAGAAGAACAAGUCUCACCGGGACAUCAAGCGCAUGCAGUGUGAGUGUGCGGUGCUUUCGCGGGAGGAACGGGCCCGCGGGGCCACGGCCUGCGGGGAGGAUUGCCUCAACCGCCUGCUGAUGAUCGAGUGCUCGUCUCGAUGCCUGAACGGGGCAUACUGUUCCAACCGGCGCUUCCAGAUGAAGCAGCAUGCUGACUUUGAGGUCAUCUUGACAGAGAACAAGGGCUGGGGACUGAGGGCAGCCAAGGACCUGACACCGAACACCUUUGUGCUGGAGUACUGUGGGGAGGUGCUGGACCACAAAGAGUUCAAAGCCCGAGUGAAAGAGUAUGCCCGCAGCAAAAAUAUCCACUACUACUUCAUGGCUUUGAAGAACAAUGAGAUCAUUGACGCUACACUGAAGGGGAACUGCUCUCGCUUCAUGAACCACAGCUGUGAACCCAACUGCGAGACCCAGAAGUGGACAGUAAACGGUCAGCUUAGAGUGGGCUUCUUCACCACCAAGGCCGUCACAGCUGGUACAGAGCUCACGUUUGACUACCAAUUCCAGAGAUAUGGGAAAGAGGCGCAGAAGUGCCUGUGCGGGGCGCCCAGCUGCCGGGGCUUCCUGGGCGGGGAGAACCGGGUCAGCAUCCGUGCCGCAGGAGGGAAGAUGAAGAAAGAGCGCUCGCGGAAGAAGGACUCAGUGAGCGCGCUCACCACGGUGGAUGAAGAGCUGGAGGCGCUGCUGGAGAACGGAGAGGGUCUGUCCGAUGAGAAGCAGGUUGUCUCGCUGUGUCGGCUCAUGGUUCGAGUGGAGACCAUUGAGCAGAAACUCACCUGCCUCAAACUCAUCCAGAACACCCAGAAUCCAGCCUGCCUGAAGCAGUUCCUGGAUCACCACGGCCUCUCGCUGCUCUGGAUCUUCAUGGUGGAGCUGUCUGAGGCCAAGGGAAACAACAUCAAGCUGCAGCUAGAGAUCAUGAAGAGCUUGGCGGUUCUUCCCAUCUCGACCAAGAACAUGCUGGAGGAGAGCCGGGUCCUGCAGUUCAUCCAGCGUUGGGCCCAAAACCAGGCCCUCCCCCCACCUGCUGAGCAGGAUGGGUAUUCCAGCGAGAACACGUCCCGUGCACAGACGCCCCUGAAUACUCCUGACGGGCCCCCUGUGAAACCAGGCCAGGAGCUGGACGGUGACACGCCCAAACGGGCAGUCUACCGCCGCCUGAAGAUCAUCAGCGAGAACAGCCUGGACAGCGCGCUCUCCGACGCCAGCAAGGCCUCCGACGGGAAGGAGGAUGAGGAGGAAGAGGAGGAGGAGGAGGAGGAAGAGGAUGACUCCUCUCAGGCCGAGCCUGCCGAGAGCUGUCAGGCAGAACCUGAGCCAGUGGCGGAAGAGCCUGCAGAGGCGGUGGAGAAGCAGGAGCCAGCAGAGCCUAUGGAGGGCGUCAGAGAGGCCGAAACGGAGACCAAGGAGGCUGCAGAGGGGGAACAGGAGCAGGAGGGGGAGAGGACAGAGGGGCAGGAAGCAGAAGUACCCCUCAGCCAGGCAGGGGGGGAGCAGGACACUGAAAAGAAUGAGACAGAGAGGGAGACGGAGGAGGAGACCGGGGUGGUGCUGGCUGUAGCCGCGGGGUCAGAGGCAAACAGUCCUGUAUCUCAAACAGAGCAGCCGAGUCAGACCACCCCAGGGGAGGAGCCUCCCAGAGUGGAGGAGACCAAGGCGGAGGAGGCCGUGGGUGUAGAGGAAGCUGUGGACGCUUCCGCGGGUGUAGAGCAGGGUGUGGAGGGGGCCGCUGGGGCGGAGGAGAGCGCAGCUGUAGAGGAGACCCCCUGUGUCCAGGAGCCACCCGCGCCAGUGGAGAUGGGCGUGUGCGAGUCAGGAGGGGAGGCGGCCGCCGCGGGGAACAGCGUCACCACGGCAGAGCCCGUUGCCGUAGGGACGCCAUCGCAGGACGAGGAGGAGGGCGUGUCGGACGUGGAGAGCGAGAGAAGCCAGGAGCCGCCGCUCCGAGCCGCCGACAUCGCCGACAUGGCCGCACGACUGCUGGACAGCUGGAAGGACCUGAAGGAGGUGUACAGGAUUCCCAAGAAGAGCCAGGUGGAGAAGGAGCCCAAUGAGCGCAGCCGGGACCGAGACGCCCCCAUGACCCCUCGCACGCCCUCGGGCAGCCGCGAGCGAGAGAGGGAGAAGGACCGCGACCGCGACAGGGACCGGGACCGCGACUGCGAGAGAGACCGGGACCGCGAUCGAGACCGCACCCGCGAGCGGGACCGGGACCGCGACGCGGAGAGGACGCCCCGCAGCGUGGAGCGCCGGAGACGCCGCGCGUCCCUGUCCCCCCCUCCGUCCGCAUACGACAGGAGCAGCCGGCGCGGCGACGACCGCUACGAUCACCCCAACAGCAGCAAAAAGAAGGGGCGGACGAAGGAGCGCAACAAGCUGACGACCGAGGAGCGGCGGAAGCUGUUCGAGCAGGAGGUGGCGCAGCGGGAGGCGCAGAAGCAGCAGCAGCUGCAGACCAUGGCCUACGACGCCCUGGGCUACUCCUCCAGCCCCCACGGCUUCCUGGGCUACCCGCCCGGCUACCCCAUCCAGACCUACGUGGACCCCAGCAACCCCAACGCCGGCAAGGUGCUGCUGCCCACCCCCUCGGUGGAGCCGCUGUGCGCGGCGGGGGCCGCCGCCGCCGCCCUCCCCUAUGAGCCGGCCGCCGCCCCCACGCAGCCCCUGAUCCCCGACCUGGGCCUGGCCUCGCCCUCGCCCACCUCACAGGCCCCGGCCGUCUCCAGCAUGCAGCACGCCGCCGCGCCGCUGGAGAUGCCGCCGCAGUACGUGCAGCCGGGCGUGGCGGCGCAGGACCCCGCCGUGGCCGUCCUGCCGGUGCCCGCGCAGUCGGCCGGCGUGCAGGUGCAGGGCCAGCAGGGCUACGCCUCGCUGUGGGACCCGGGCAUGCAGCAGGCCCUCGCGGUGCAGCCGCCGCCCGCCCAGCAGUACCCCGCCGCCCCCGCCGCCCAGCCCCAAACCGCCAUCUACUACCCAGGCCAGCCGUGCCAGACCGUCUACAGCAUCCCCGCUGCCUACCCUCAGACCAACACACCUGUCAUUCAGCAGACCUACACAGAGCCUUCGGCGGGAUACCUGCAGGGACAGCAGGUUUUCACAGGCCACCAGCAGGGGGUGGUGCUGCAGCAGGCAGGCACCGUCACCACCAUCGUCACAGCGCAGACUGUUCAGCAGGAGAUGAUGGUCCCUAACAGUUUAAUGGACCUGCCCCCACCCUCACCUCCCAAACCCAAAACCAUCGUCUUGCCACCCAGCUGGAAGGUGGCGCGGGACCCAGAAGGCAAGAUCUACUACUACCACGUCAUCACCAGGCAAACACAGUGGGAUCCUCCAUGCUGGGAAGGAAGCGGCGUAGAGCCUGACAAUGCCAGCGUAGACCAUGAGGCCGAGAUGGACCUUGGGACACCAACCUACGAUGAAAACCCCUCCAAGUUCUCCACCAAGACGGCAGAGGCAGACACUUCCAGUGAGCUGGCCAAGAAGAGCAAGGAGGUGUUCCGCAAGGAGAUGUCGCAGUUCAUCGUGCAGUGCCUGAACCCGUACCGCAAACCGGACUGCAAGCUGGGACGCAUCAGCAACACGGAGGACUUCAAACACCUGGCAAGAAAGCUGACCCAUGGUGUGAUGAACAAGGAGCUCAAGUCCUGCAAGAACCCAGAGGACCUGGAGUGCAACGAGAACGUCAAGCACAAGACCAAGGAGUACAUCAAGAAGUACAUGCAGAAGUUCGGCCCCAUAUACAGACCCAAGGAGGACACGGAGGUGGACUGAGCCUGGCGGCGGCGCGGAACACGCCCCCGUCGCCCACGCCGAACGGACACACACUCGCGUAGACUUCACCUUCACACGGUCACAUGACCCCGUCUCAGUCCUUACCAGGGUCAGAUGCUGUAACAUCAACCCCCUGGAGUGUGACAGCAAGAAUGGUGCAGGGCGGGG